GUCCAAAUUGCAGACGCAGCAACCCUCUAAUUCACCUUAACAAAAGUGAGCUGAUUACAUAAGCCGUAAUUAAGCGCACCGUCAAAUCUCGUGAUAUCAUUUCUCACAGCAGAGUUGCACCUGCAGCUCCAGCUCAAAAUGUCACUCUCUAGCUAUGUAAACAGUAAGAGUUUACCCUUUUUCAACCCUCUUUCUACACCUUCCUCUUCGGAUCGUUUAUUUUAUCACUCCUAUCAUACGCGCAAACUACAGAAACAAGCAAGACUUACAACCGCAUCCUAACAGCUCCUUAGAGAAAGUUCUAAUCUUAACUGCGGAUUCAAGAACACUGGUUGGUACACUUUUGAGUUGUGAUCAACAGACCAAUUUGGUCCUAUCCCAAACCAUCGAGCGCAUAAUCCGUCCUCCAGAAGAUAUCGAAGCUUCUAGUGAAGUCCCACACGGUCUCUAUCUAAUCCGUGGUGAUAAUGUGGUUGUAGUUGGAUUGGUGGAUGAGGAAUUGGAUGAUAGUAUUAAUUGGGUGGAGGUUAGGGGAGCUGUCAUUGGAGGGACGAAGCAUUCUUGAUUGAAUGUUUAUAAUCGAGUGCUCGCGAUUAUAGAUCAGUGUCUACGGGCAUGGUAUUGGAUGGAUGGAAUCGACGACUGGAAAUGAAGGAGGUCAAUGAGCCGAGGAAAGAAGGAGAAUGCGCGGGGAGAGAUACCGGAAUUUGGCAUUUACAAAAGUACGGACGAGCGUAGGUGCGUACAAGAUGGGUGGAACGUUAUUUAUGCUGCAUUAUUUGGCGUUGAAUGGAGUGCCAUUAGAUGGGUCUUUUUUAUAUCCAUCCUUUUGAUUUUGUGUUGGUUAUGAAGAUGGCUCAAGCGAAUUCAGAUAUCGAGGGAAAUCUACCAAAAUUCGAGAUCAUAUCAUGGGAUCAGUGAGAUGUAAUUAAAAAGC